AUGCACUUUGCGCACGCCUUCUUUGCGCAUCUGCGCACGCCCAGCGUGAGCGUGGCCGAGGCCUUUGGCCUGGCCUCCCAUGCGCUGCGCGCCCACGCCUUUGCCCCCGGCGGCGAGCCGCCCCUGCUCCCCCUGCUCCUGGCCGCCGGCUCGCCGUGCCUGCCCGGCCCCGGGUCGCUGCCGCCGCUGCCGCUGCCGCCGGGCGCGGACCCAGCCGCGCCGCACCCCACGACGCUGCCCGAGUACGGCGCGGUUCGCGUGCUGGCGCCACACGCGGAGGCGCGCCUGCUGCUGGCCGCGCACCCGGCGCUGGUGGCGCCCGCAGCCUUGGGUCUGGUUUGCGAGGCCCUGCGCGGGCUGCUGACGGUGGAGGCGCGGCGCGCGACGCUGGCCGGCGUGGCGCGCCUGGAGCGCGCGCCGCCGCACCUGCCGCCGGGCUCCGUGGCGCUGCGCGUGCAGCUGCUCUCCGCCUCGCGCGCGCCGCUGACGGUGGUGGUCGCCGGCCCGCCCCGCGUGCUGGAGGACGGCGCGCUGCUGGCGCACGCGCUGCGCGCCGCGCUGGACAAGCAGUACCGGGGCCUGAUGUCGGUGGGCGUGGCCGCGGUGUCGGUCACGGGGGUAGCGGCCUUCGAGCCCACCGACGCCGCGCGCUGGACGGCGGUGCUGGGCAGCGUGGCGCCGCGCGCCCCACUCGCCACGCCCGGCCGUGCGCCGGCGGGCCCUGGCCUGGGCUCCCCGCCCUCCCACCUCGCCAGCGACACGCCGCUGGGGCCGGGGCUGCUGGGCCCGCCGCGCGGCACGCCCGCCAGCGUCGCGGGCGGCGCGCCGCUGGGGCCCAUCGAGGCCGCGCAGCAGCUGGCGGCGGCGCGCCGCGUGGCGGCCGUGGCCGCGGCGGCCGCAGCGGGCGGGUCGGCGCCGCUGCGCCCCGCGGACGCGCACCCGGCCGCCGGCGCCAACGGCGCCGCCCGGCCCGCCACGUCCAGCCGCGCGACGUCUGGCGGCGAGAACGACGACGACGACGAGGUGGAGGAGGACGAGGAGGACGAGGAUGUGCUGGCGGAGGGUGAUGGCGACGACCUGGACGAGGACGAGGAGGGGGACAGCGGGGCUGGCGAGGACGACGACAACGGCGAGGGCGUGGAGCUACCGCCCCCACUGGACCCCCUGCCGGGGCAGGAAAGCGCCGACUCCGAGGCCACCCAGCCCUCGGGCGACGGGCAGGCCGGCGGCGUGGAGGUGGUACCCUGGAGGUCCCAGCGCGGUCCCCUGAAGACGUGCACGGAGGCCGAGUUCUACGCAGACCUCUCCGCCUUCCUGAAGGAGCGCAAGGGCCGGACCAGCGGGUUCUUCCCAGUCCUGAAUGCCCUGCAGCUUGACCUCUUCAACCUGUACAAGGAGGUGUGCCAGCGUGGCGGCUUUGCCCUGGGCAACGGCAUCAACUGGAAGGGCCAGGUGUUCCCCGCCAUGCGGAACUUCACGCAGGACCACCGCCUGACGGGGGUGGGGAACGCGCUCAAGCGCCACUACCAGGUCUGCCUCCUGGAUUACGAACAGGCAAACCCCGCCGACGUCACCAGCGGCAACUGUCUGGUGUGCGGGCAGGGCGCAGGGGACGACUGGAUCUCCUGCGACAACUGCGACCGCUGGCUGCACUUCUCGUGCGACAAGCGCCCCCACCCAGGCUCCUUCAAAGACUACUCCAAGCGCCACGGCCUCAAGUUUGUGUGCGGCCCCUGCACCGACGGCAUGGAGUCGGACGCUGCGCAGCCCUCCUCCGCCGGCAAGCCCAGCGGCCCCAGCGGGCCCAACGGCACUGCCCAGGAUCAUGGGGCGACUUCCUCACCCCAAAGCCACCCGGGAACGAACCUUGCCUCCGCUUCCAGGACCGGAUCGACCUACCUCCCCUCCGCUGACGUGCCCCAGUUGGGGCCCCAGUGA